AUGAACGUGAAAGCUACACUAAACAUUUUAGCAGUUGUCCUGCUAACAACCAGUUUAAAAGCUUUUCCAAAUAUUGUGAAUAUUGUAAAGGAAAUUAAUAGAAAUCAAGGCAAUGAAAUAAAUGUAUUAAUAAAUUUUCAAUCAAACCGAAAGAAAAGUCAGCAUUUUGAAGAACUUUUGCAACUGGAGAGCGUGCCAAAACUGAUUAUAACUCAAGACUCUGAGAAUAUAACCGCUUUGUAUAAAGUCUACAACCAACAAAGUCUUACCAUAGCCUGGAUCACUGAAACCAAUUUAAAUUCAACUCUAGACCUUAUGGAUCGUUUAUUAUGGACCAUACAUUUUAAGGAUAUAAUUCUUAUCUACGAAAUGGAACAUGUCGUCAGUACUUAUGACAAAAACUUAUUUGAAAUUUUCUCUUUGUGCUGGAAAAAGGGUUUUAAAUCAUUGCUACUGUGGCAGGAUAAUCGUUUCUUCACCUAUCAUCCUUAUCCCACAAUUAAAAUAGUUCGCGUUUAUAGUCUGGCUGAGUACGAGGAUAAAUCACAUUUACGAAAUUUCCAUCAUACGGUUAUGCGUUCACCUAUUUUUGAAUUUCCACCCAUGUGUUUCUCGUACAUCAACCAUCGAGGAGAACUGUUGAGGGUUGGCUAUGUGUACAAGUGGAUUGAAACAUUCUUCACUCACUACAAUGCCACUUACGAGUAUCAGUUCCAUGAUAUGUGGGCCCAUAAUGUCACUUACUUGGAUGCUUUUAAUACUGUAAUGUCAAUGAAUUUCGCCUACAUUCCCCUAAUACUGCCCCCCAUGGAGCACUAUUUCGCCAGGAGUAGCGUUAUGUUCUUAAGCAGUGUGGUACUGAUAGUGCCAGCACCUAAAGAAAUCUUUACGGGAUUAUAUGUAAUUAUACCAUACAAUGCUCUUGUUUGGUUUAUAGUACUGCUAACAGCUUUAGUAUAUUUUCUGCUGGUAAAUAUGCUAAACUAUCUAAACAACAAUAGCCUAGACUGGGGCCAGGCUUUUCAAGAUGCCUUUAAUAUCAUUAUAUUUUUAUCGGUAUCGUCCAGAGUAACUGUCAAAAAUUACUUACUCAAAUUUGGUUUAUUUCUAUUGUUACUAUUCACAGGUAUAUUUCUAACCAACUACUACAGUUCCAAUCUCUCCAGUUUGUACACCAGCAAAGUCUAUGAACAGGAUCUGUACUAUAUUGAAGAUAUUGCACGCACCAAACUAAAUAUUCUAGAAUACACCGCCGAUGCACCACUGUGGGUACAACGAGACAUGAGUUCGACAUUUUUGAAACGCAUUGUAACCGGCAGCAAUCAUGAACUAUUCCAUAAUCGUCAAAUUCUUAAUAUGUCCUACAUGUAUAUCACCCUUGAAGAAUAUGCCGACUUUUUAUUGUUUCGCCAAACUUAUCUAAAACGACCUACGGCCAAAAAAUUAAAUGAGCCAUUAUAUCAUCGGCCGAUUUUCAUUACGCUACCUUAUCGUUCUCCCAUUAUCGAUCAGCUUAAUCGUUAUUUAUUGUAUUUAAUGGACAGUGGCAUCUUUACGAAAAUAUUGGCCGAUACCAAGUGGCAUGGUAUCUUGAGCGGCCGUCUGCAGUUAUUUUUAGAUAAGGAGGAGAAUAAAGCUUUAACAUUGGAAUAUUUUUAUUAUGUUUUCAUUAUAUGGAUUUUUGGUUUGAUUUGUGCAUUUUUAAGUUUUUUGUGUGAGAUUUGUAAAUGGAAAUUAAUGAAUAAAUAA